GUUUCUUAUGUUUCGUUUAUCGUGGUGAGGUAAAGAAGUUUCGUCAUUUGAUCAACUGUCAUUUUUCAAGUGCGAAGCUGCGAAGUGAUUGGCAUCGAUGACAGUUUGUUUUGAUUGGUUUUAUAAUAGAGACGUGUGUACGCACAGAGUUAUUUGUUGUGACGUGGUAAGGACUAUAAUGAAACAAAGAAGAUGUUCGGAAUGUGACUUAUUGUACGGAGGUGAUCGCGAGGACGUGAGACUAACCUAUACCAUUCUAUGACGACAGUGGAAGCGAUAUGGGAGAAGAAAACCCUCAACAGCGUAACUUUUUCGGUGCCAAGGAAAGCAAAAUAAUGGAGAUUGACAAAAGAAGCUACUUGGCCUGUGCAAAGGGUUACUUCGAUCGUUCUCAGCCGCCGCCGCUGCUGUUGUCAUCCGUCGUCGUCCCCCGUCGCCGGGAAGAUGCCAGAGGAAGCCGAGGAAGCCGAUGGCCCCGCAGCCGAGGAGAUAUACCCACCGAUCCGCAGGCUCUUCAAGAGUGACGCCACGACGUCGUUCCUUCGAGCUGCCCGGUCGGGUAACCUCGAGAAGGUGAUCGAGCACCUCGACACGGAUCUCGACAUUAACACAGCCAACUCGAAUGGCUUGAAUGCGCUGCAUUUGGCAUCGAAGGAUGGCCACGUGGAAAUCGUGACGGAACUGCUAAAGCGAGGCGCAAAGGUCGACGCUGCGACGAAAAAAGGGAACACCGCAUUGCACAUAGCAUCCUUAGCUGGACAAUCGGAGAUAGUUAAUAUUCUAAUUCAAUACGGUGCCGCCGUGAACAUUCAAUCGCAGAAUGGCUUCACCCCGCUUUACAUGGCUGCGCAGGAGAAUCACGACCAGGUCGUCAAGAUCUUGCUCAACAACGGAGCGAACCAGAGUCUCGCGACGGAGGACGGGUUCACGCCGUUGGCAGUGGCGAUGCAACAGGGACACGACAAGGUAGUUAGCGUACUUUUAGAAAACGACUCGAAGGGCAAAGUGCGAUUGCCGGCGCUGCACAUAGCCGCGAAAAAGGACGACUGCAAGGCAGCUGACUUACUUUUACAGAUGGAUUAUUUUCAGAACGAUCACAAGCCAGACGUGACGUCUAAGAGCGGCUUCACGCCGCUUCACAUCGCCGCGCAUUACGGCAACGAAGACAUCGCCCGAUUGCUCAUAAAACGAGGCGCCGACGUUAAUUAUUUAGCUAAGCACAACAUAAGUCCACUCCACGUGGCGGCGAAAUGGGGCAAGAACAACAUGGUGAAGAUCCUGCUGGAAAGCGGCGCGGUGAUAGACGCCAAGACGAGGGACGGCCUGACGCCGCUGCAUUGCGCAGCGAGAUCCGGACACGAGCAGUGCGUCUCGACUUUACUCGAAAACUCGGCACCCAUCAGCGCGAGGACGAAGAAUGGCCUGGCUCCACUGCACAUGGCAUCUCAGGGCGACCACGUGGACGCCGCCCGGGUCCUGCUCUAUCAUCGAGCGCCAGUCGACGAGGUUACCAUCGACUACCUGACGUCGCUUCACGUGGCAGCCCACUGCGGCCACGUGCGCGUCGCUAAGCUUCUGCUGGACCGCAAAGCCGAUCCGAACGCGAGGGCCCUCAAUGGCUUCACUCCGCUGCAUAUCGCCUGCAAGAAGAACCGCAUCAAGGUCGUCGAACUGUUGCUCAAACACGGGGCGUCGAUCGAGUCGACCACCGAGUCCGGAUUGACGCCCCUGCACGUCGCAAGUUUCAUGGGCUGCAUGAACAUCGUGAUAUUCCUUCUGCAACACGAGGCUAACCCGGACGUACCCACGGUACGAGGUGAAACGCCACUGCAUCUUGCGGCUAGAGCCAAUCAGACCGACAUCAUUCGAAUAUUGUUGAGAAACGGAGCAAAGGUCGAUGCUCGCGCCAGGGAACAACAGACGCCGCUGCACAUAGCCUCGCGCCUAGGCAACGUGGACAUCGUGAUGCUGCUCCUUCAACACGGUGCGGCUGUCGACACGACGACGAAAGACAUGUACACAGCCCUGCACAUAGCCGCGAAGGAGGGCCAGGAAGAGGUGGCGGCUAUUCUGGUGGACAAUAACGCCUCGGUGAAGGCGACCACGAAAAACGGAUUCACACCGCUGCACGUCGCCGCCAAGUACGGGAACAUGAACGUGGCGAAGAUUCUACUGCAGAAGGACAGCAAACUCGACGCUCAGGGAAAGAACGAUAUCACGCCUUUGCUGUUAGCUUGCCAUUACGAUCAUCCGAACGUCGCACAAUUACUAUUAGAGAAAGGAGCUUCACCGCACUUAGCAUCGCAAAACGGACAAACGCCGCUUCACAUUGCAGCACGUAAAAAUCAGAUGGACAUAGCCUCGACGCUACUGGAACACGGAGCGAAAGCCAACGUUGAGUCGAAGGCAGGAUUUACGCCGCUACACCUGAGCGCCCAGAAAGGUCAUUACGAUAUGACCAAUUUGCUAAUCGAACACGGCGCCGACCCGAAUCACAAAGCAAAGAAUGGCUUGACGGCACUGCAUCUGUGCGCCCAGGAGGACUUCAUCCGGGUAGCCUCGAUUUUGGUGAAAAAUGGCGCAAACGUUGAGAGCGAGACCGAAACUGGCUACAGACCAAUCCAUGUUGCGGCUCACUUCGGAAAUCUGUCGAUGAUUCGAUUUUUGCUAAAGCACAGUGCCGAGAUCGACGUAAAAACCAAGCAAAACUACACGCCCCUGCAUCAGGCAGCACAGCAGGGACACGCGCACAUCGUGUCAGCACUCAUUGAAGGCAACGCUUCGCAUCGAGCUCGCACUAAUGAUGGAUUGACUGCACUAAACAUUGCUCAAAAGUUGGGAUAUAUCUCGGUCAUGGAAGUGCUCAAAGGACUCUCCUACGAUGGUGUUACCCCAGACAACAAGAAUUGGGAAGAGAAGUACAAGGUUAUAGCCCCGGAGAGCUUGCAAGAGACUAGUCUGAUGUCCGACUCUGAUGAUGAAGGAGGUUCGGAUGCUCUGAUCAGCGAGCAGCCUUACCGAUACUUGACCGCUGAUCUCAUGAAGAGUCUGAGGGAUGAUUCGCUACCGAUUGAUGUAACGCGGGAUGAUCCAGUUCAUAGGCAGCUAUCCAAGGAAGAACAUGCGGAAUUCGUGCAGAGCAACAAUUACUGCGCUGCUGAGAACUUUGACAGCAACGAUUUCGCAAGACCGCAUUAUAAAUCAUUUCUAGUGAGCUUUCUGGUGGAUGCUCGUGGUGGCACGAUGAAGGGCUGUCGACAUAGUGGUAUUCGAUUAAUAGUUCCGCCAAGACGGGCGACAAUGCCGAUCCGCGUAACUUGCCGACUGGUCAAGCCCAGUAAGAUGGCAAACCCACCGCCUUUAAUGGAGGGCGAAUCCCUCGCUACAAGAAUAAUCGAAAUGGGACCCGUUGGAGCCUCCUUCUUAGGACCAGUUUUGAUCGACAUACCGCACUUCGCUUCAGUAGAAGGCAAGGAAAGAGAGAUUAUCAUCUUGCGCAGCGAGAACGGAGAAAACUGGAAGGAGCACGAUAAUUCCUCUGACAAUGACGAUACCCUGCUGAACACUCCUUAUGAUCCGCAAAUGAGCUCAACACACUCGGGAAGGAUAACGCGGAUACUGACAACCGAGUUUCCUCAGUACUUUGCGAUCGUUACCCGCAUCAAGCAGGAAGUGCACGUCAUCGGUGCUGAAGGUGGUAUCUUAAUCUCCAGCGUCGCCAACCAAGUGCAAGCCGUCUUUCCGCCUGGCGCUCUUACUAAGAAAAUCAAAGUUGGCUUGCAGGCACAUGUGAUACCCGCCGAACUUACCGCCAAACUUUUGGGUAACUGUGUCGCCGUAUCCCCUGUCAUCACCAUUGAGCCUCGUCGACGAAAGUUUCACAAACCCAUCAGCCUGACGUUACCGGUACCUCAAGCAGCGAACAAAGGCAUGAUCAACCAUUAUGGCGGAGAGACGCCUACUUUGCGUUUGCUCUGCAGCAUAGCCGGAGGGAUUAGUGAGGCUCAAUGGGAGGACGUCACUGGGUCGACUCCGCUGAACUUUAUGAACGACAAAGUGUCGUUUACUACCACCGUCUCGGCCAGGUUCUGGCUAAUGGACUGCAGAAACAUCCAAGAGGUGCCCAAGAUGGCUACGGACUUGUACAGAGAAUCACUGUUUGUGCCGUUUAUUACAAACUUUGUCAUUUACUCUAAACGAAUGGAGGAGGUUGAAGCUACGCUAAGGAUUCUCUGUAUGACCGACAGUAAGGAGGGAAUUCAUACUUUAGAGAAGCAAGAAGAAUUCGCUGAGAUCGUCAAGAGCCGAGACGUAGAGACUCUGGAUGGCAAGGAUCUUUACAUAGAAUUCAGUGGAAACCUGAUACCGGUCACCAAGUCCGGUGUUCAGCUCAAGUUCACGUUUCAUGCUUUCCGGCAAAACCGACUGUCGUUCCACGUAAAGGUCAAGGAUCCACAACUAGAUCCGGUGGCAAGGAUGAUGUUUAUGAGGGAGCCGAAAGUCGUUAAGGGUGAACCUGCACAACAGCCGCUAUGUGUACUCAAUAUUGUUCUACCGGAGAUCACUUACAAAGAAUACAAGGCAGAAGAUUCAAACAUUAUCAGUCAAAAACUGGACAUACUCAUGAAAUCAAGCUACGGUCGGUUCGAUUAUAGCGAGGAAAAACGCGAUCAGCCCAAACGCACGUCGCCAACCGAGAGAAAAUUCAUCACCGACACUCUUGUGAAGGAACAGACAGAUUCCAUCGGUAGCCAGCUAGACCAGAAAGGUUCCCUAGACCUGCCUCUGUCGCCUUCAGCCCUGGAAAAGAAGACUUACUCGGAGAAGCGCCGCUUCUGGGAAGACAUGGCUCGCAGCAAACGGGAAAGUUUCCAGCGCAGCGAGUCCGAGGUGUCCCAUACAUCGCAGCUGACGUACCACGACAGCGACAGCGAGUGUCUGAGCGACGUCCGGGAAGUCGAGGAUGAAAUCGGAGCCAUCCCGCAGGAUCCCGGCGUCGACAUGUCCGAGGCGAGCGUUGCCGAGAAAGCGCACUACUUCGAGGAGCAGAUCCAGAGAGAGAUGUCCGCUGCCAGAGGCUCGCUUAAGAGCCAGUCGUCCCAGGAGUCGGCGAGAAUCGCUGCGGCCAGGCUCUCCGGAAUAUCCAUAUCCAGCGAGGACGAGAGAUCGCUGGAGGUGUUCGAGGAGACCGAGAGAAUAUUGGAGGAAAAGGCCAAGCAGGAGAUGAAGGAGGAGAAAAAGGACGACGUGAUGGAGAAGAGGAAGAGCAAGGAGGAGAAAGAUUUGUUUGGACUGAAGAGUGGCAUCAGGGACAAGAAAGACGACGUCGGAAAGAAGGACGAGAGGCGGAAGAGCUUCGGCAAGAAGCAGGACUCCAAAGAGGAGAAGACCGAGAGGAGAGCCAGCAAGGGAGAGAAGGAUCUGAAAGCCGGGCAAGAGAAGAAGGACAGCGAGAAGAAAACUCCUGCCAAGGUCGCCGACACCAAACACAUCGAAUCUACGGUUAAGAGUAAGCUAGAGUCGGAUCUCCACGCCAAAGAGACCAAGGUCGACAAAACUACGGGCGAUAAGGUCGACCUGCCUGAAACCAAAAAGUCUGACGCAAAGGCCAAAGCUAAAGCCGAGCCGGAGAAGGAAAGUAAAGCUAAAGCAACGAAGAUGCAGGAGAACGUUACCAAGCAACAAAAAGUCGCCGAGUCUAGGUCUCCCGUAGCCGCGGUGAAGUCUGCCAAAGAGGCUUCACCGAAGUCUACCGCGUCCAAACAGAAGGAGACAUCGCCCAAACCAGUACCGGCACGACAGAAGUCUAAAGAUGAGCCUAAGUCUCCGCUUUCCAAAUCUCCUCCGAAGAAGGCAAAGGAGGAUUUGCUGUCCAGGUCUCCUCCGAAGAAAGACAAGUCCAAGGAUGACAUACCAAAGUUUUCGCCAAAGGCUGAUAAAGCGAAAGAGCCGACGCCGGUGAAAAUGCAGGCGAAGGCUGACAAGGGCAAAACGGCCUCGCCUGAAAAGAGCAAGCCUGUGUCACCGGAAAAGAGCAAGCCUGUGUCACCGGAAAAGAACAAGGCCGCGUUACCAGAUAAGAGCAAGUCCACGUCGCCGGAAAAGAGCAAGCCUAUUUCGCCAACAAAGGGCAAACCGGCAUCGCCAGAAAAGGCGCCGUCGAAAAAAGAACCCGCCAAGCACGACGUACCCAAGUCCCUUAUACCCAAGAGAGAAAAGUCUAAAGAAGAGUUCACCUUGAAAUCUCCACCGAAAGGCGAUAGGCACAAAGCAGGUGUAAUGUCGCCGCCGAAGAGAGAGAAAUCAAAGGAUGAGAUUCCCAAGUCCCACAUUCCUGUUAGACAAAAGUCCAAGGAUGAAUUUUCUGUUAAAUCUCCGCCACCAAAGGACACGAAACACGAUGCUACAGUUUUCACGUUAGACAAAGAUGUUAAAGCACAGGACAUAAAGACAGCACAAAAAAUGCACAAGGCUGAUGUAAAAACCACUAGUUCGGGCAUCGAAUCAAUGAGCAUGUUCGAGGAACGGUUCACAGGCACAAUGGAGCUUAUGAGAGAUCAAAAAUCCGAUUUUGCCAAGUCUCAUCAUCCUGAGUCGGCACCAGCUGUACCUACUACGAAAAAAUUGUCAGAAAAGGAUGCAAUUACGUCGACGUCGAAACACGAAGAAGUUAAGACGGUGACGGAGAAGGUAUUGGCGGAUUCUUCUGUCGUUACUACAAUUACGGAAACGAAAGUGAUAACAACGCUGUCAAAGGAAGAGAAGACUGGAGAUAUUAUAAAAAAGAUGGAUGCUACUGAAACAAAGAUAAUGGGCGAUGUGCCUAUAACAGCGACAAAAGAGGCUGAUAAACCAAAAGUAGAACCUCUUAAAGAAGCUGAUAAGGCAAAAGUUGAACCACCAAAAGAAGCUGAUAAACCAAAAGUUGAACCUGUAAAAGAGGUUGAAAAGCCAAAAGUCGAACCUUCUAAGGAAGCCGAUAAAGCAAAAGUUGUACCUACCAAAGAAGCUGAUGCAGACAAGCCACUUUUCAAGAAAGAAAAAUCUAUUGAGGAAAUACCAAAAUCCAUGAUUCCGAAGAGAGAGAAAUCAAAAGAAGAAAUUUCCGUUAAAUCACUACCAAAGGAUGACAAGCCUAAAGAUUUACCGACAGCAGCGCCAAAACGCGAAAAAUCAAUACCAGAGAUACCAAAAUCCAUGAUACCAGUAAGAGAAAAAUCAAAAGAGGAAUUUUCUAUCAAAUCGCCUCCCAAAGGCCCAUCUCCUCCUAAAGACGAUAAACCGUCUGAUGCAGCGACUGCAGCACCGAAACGGGAGAAGUCAAUACCGGAGAUACCAAAAUCCAUGAUACCAGUGAGAGAGAAAUCCAAAGAAGAAUUUUCUAUCAAAUCACCUCCUAAAGGUCCAUCGCCUCCUAAAGAUGAUAAACCAGCCGAGGCAGCUGUUAGUGCACCAAAACGAGAAAAAUCUAUUCCGGAAAUUCCUAAAUCAAUGAUACCCGUAAGAGAGAAGUCACAAGAUGAAUUUUCUAUAAAAUCUCCUAAAGGUCCAUCUCCUCCAAAAGAUAAUAAACCAGCAGAGGCAGUGGUCAGUGCACCAAGACGAGAAAAAUCUAUUCCGGAAAUUCCUAAAUCAAUGAUACCCCUAAGAGAGAAGUCACAAGAAGAAUUUUCUAUAAAGUCGCCUCCUAAAAGUCCAUUUCCUCCAAAAGAUGAUAAGCCAGCAGAGGCAGCGGCCAGUGCACCAAAACGAGAAAAAUCCAUUCCCGAAAUUCCUAAAUCAAUGAUACCCGUAAGAGAGAAGUCACAAGAAGAAUUUUCUAUAAAGUCGCCUCCUAAAAGUCCAUUUCCUCCAAAAGAUGAUAAGCCAGCAGAGGCAGCGGCCAGUGCACCAAAACGAGAAAAAUCCAUUCCCGAAAUUCCUAAAUCAAUGAUACCCGUAAGAGAGAAGUCACAAGAAGAAUUUUCUAUAAAGUCGCCUCCUAAAAGUCCAUUUCCUCCAAAAGAUGAUAAACCAGCAGAGGCAGCGGCCAGUGCACCGAAACGAGAAAAAUCUAUUCCGGAAAUUCCUAAGUCGAUGAUUCCCAAGAGAGAAAAGUCGAAAGAAGAAUUUUCUAUAAAGUCGCCUCCUAAAGGUCCAUCACCACCGAAAGAUGAUAAAUUGAAAGAUGACAGACCGAUAGAUGAUAAGCCAAAAGAUGCAGCUGUAGCAGCACCAGUGCGAGAAAAAUCUAUACCAGAAAUAUCAAAGUCUAUGAUACCUGUACGUGAAAAAUCGAAAGAAGAGUUUGUCGUCAAGUUGCCCUCUAAGGAUGAGAAACCAAUGGACGCUACUGCAGCCCCGAAAAGGGAAAAAUCUAUACCUGAAAUACCGAAAUCUAUGAUACCUGUAAGAGAGAAGUCGAAGGAGGAGUUUUCAAUAAUAUCGCCUCCUAAAACUCCAAAGGACGAUAAACCAGUAGAUGCCACAAUGGCGGCACCAAAACGGGAAAAGUCCAUACCAGAGAUACCAAAAUCGAUGAUACCAGUAAGAGAGAAAUCAAAAGAGGAAUUCUCUAUAAAAUCGCCUCCUAAAGCUGCAUCACCACCUAAGGACGAGAAGCCUGCUGAUGCGGCAACUGUAGUUCCAAAACGUGAGAAGUCGAUACCAGAAAUACCAAAGUCAAUGAUACCGGUAAGGGAAAAGUCGAAAGAAGAGUUCUCCGUAAAAUCACCGCUGAAAGAUUUGGCCACGUCUGGACCAAAACGGGAGAAAUCGAUUCCGGAGAUUCCAAAAUCUAUGAUUCCAAGAAGAGAAAAGUCCAAGGAUGAGUUUACCCUGAAAUCACCUCCUCCAAAGGACGACAAAAUACCGUCGACCGCUUUGCAGCGUGAAAAGUCCAAAGACGAGAUUCCUAAAUCCAUGAUACCGCGACGAGAGAAGUCAAAGGAAGAGUUCUCCAUAAAGUCUCCACCAGCUGAAGAUAAGGCUGGUCCUAAGCGAGAAAAGUCCAUCCCCGAAAUUCCAAAGUCUAUGAUUCCCAGGAGAGAGAAAUCCAGAGAUGAGUUUAGUCUGAAAUCGCCUCCUCCAGAAACAACGACUUCGGCGCCCAAGCGAGAAAAAUCCAUAGGCGAAAUUCCAAAAUCCAUGAUCCCGAGACGAGAGAAAUCCAAGGACGAAUUUUCUAUCAAGUCACCACCGAAGGAUGACACUCCCAAGGAAGUAGCUUCAACUGCGCCGAAACGAGAAAAGUCAAUAGGUGAAAUUCCCAAGUCAAUGAUCCCGCGAAGGGAGAAGUCCAAAGACGAAUUUUCGGUGAAAUCUCCGCCUAAGCGCGAGAAAUCAAAAGAUGAACUGCCUUCAAGUUCGAUACCGAAACGGGAAAAAUCAAAGGACGAAAUACCCAAAUCAGCCAUUCCUAAACGCGAGAAAUCCAAGGAUGAAAUACCGAAAUCUACUAUUCCUAAACGCGAAAAGUCCAAGGACGAAAUACCAAAAUCUACCAUUCCAAAGCGUGAAAAGUCGAAGGAUGAAUUCUCAACCAAGGUUCUGCCGAAACGCGAAAAAUCCAAAGACGAGAUACCGAAGACGGCGUUACCAAAGCGCGAAAAGUCGAGAGAAGAAUUCUCCUCUAAACUCGCUCCAAAGAGAGAGAAGUCAAAGGACGAACUACCGGGAAAAUCCGGUGUGAAACGUCAAGAUUCAAAGGGCGAGUCGUCGCCGAAACCUACUCCCAAGAAACCCGAUACGACAGUCAAGAGAGAACACUCCAAAGAAGAGAUCGCUUCCAAAUCUGGUGUCAAGCGACGCGAUUCAAAGGAAGAAUCGCCGAAGCCUACUCCCAAGAAAUCGGACACAGCAGCUAAAUCUCUGCCAAAGAGAGAGAAGUCGAAGGAAGAAAUACCCAAGGUGGCUCCGAAGAGAGAGAAAUCCAAAGACGACAUACCAAAGUUUGGACCGAAGAGGGAAAAAUCGAAGGAUGAAAUACCGAAAACGCCUCUGGCCAAACGACGAGAUUCCAAGGAAGAAUCGUCCAAACCGCCCUUCAAACGACCUGGAUCAUCUUCGGAUUCCAGAUCAUCUAGUCUCAAGAGUGAAACUCCUUCGCCCAAAGCAUCGGACAAGCAUCCCAAAAAAGACGCGAAGAAGGAGUUUGAAACCGUAACGGUGACGAAAAAGGAGAAGAGCGAAGAGGUGACGACUCAGGAGUACGAGGAGCACACGAGGAAGCAGACGAGCGAGUCUCAAGUGUACUCGGGCACUUUCACGGGUGACCCGAAAGAGGCCUUAAAGCUCUUGGAAGACACGAGUGCCUUAAAGAAAGCUGACUUCGUCACGUCUGGCAGCGUCAUCACGUCCAAAGUCGACCACAAAGCCACGACAUCGCUGGAGAAAAAGGAGGUCAAGUCUUCCGAGAUCGACACCGGUGACGAGAAGAUCAUCGCUCACGAGGAGAAGGAAGACAUCAUGAAGAAGGAGACCUCGGCUUCGCUUCUAACAAAACACUCGCCGGACGAGAAGGUCGAGGAGAAGGAGAGUAAAGUAAAGGAAACGACAGUGAGCACGACUCAAAAGACGUUGGUGAACCUGACCGAUGAUCUCGAGACGAUCCAGGCUUCCGCUUCGCAGAUGGGCAAGGAUACCGAGCACAGCAUCCGAGCGAGAUCAGUAGAAGAUGACGAGAAGAUCGUUACCACUGAGGAGACGGCCAGUUCGCUCAAGGACGGUACCGUCGGAGCUCGCGUCAAAGUGGAAAAAGAUCUCAAGGACGAAACCUUAAAGAAGGAUGACAUAGGAAAGAUAGUCGAGAAAUCCAUGUUCCAGGAAGAGAUCACUGACAGCUCCAGAACCUUCGAUGUCAAGGAGGAUUUCAAAACCAAGUCCGAUGCGCCUUCGACGGAGCCGUCCUUGCAGCAGAAGAUCAAAUUACCGGAAAGCGGAACGAUCGAGUCCGAGGUUUACCACGCUGAGAUGGCCGACGACCUAACUCGGCAAUUCACGAAUAUGAUGCAGAAGUCGAUGGGCACGUUGAUCCAAGAAGCAGCUACGGACUCCAAGCGCGACAGCAUCAGCAUCAGCGAGGACAUCACCAAGGACGAGUCGUCGUCCAUCCUGCUGUCCUCGUCCCAAGCUAAGAUACCCGACCGAGACAUAACCAUGAGUCCGAGCAGCAUAUCCGAGCAGAUCGAUAUCGAGGAGCUGGACGACAACGAUGGUAAGAAGAUUUCGUCUACGAACGUCAAGGACGUCUUGUCUGCGGUCGACCACAUGAAGAUCAUUACCAAGACUACACCCGAGGGCAAAUUUAUUUCGGAACUCUCCGGUGCCCGGGUUCUGGAGAUUUUGGAACCCGACAACGAGAGUCAAUCGAGGCAGGAUUCGAUGGACGUCUCGUCCAUCGAGAUCGACGAAGUCAAGUUUCCCUCGGGUUCUGGAAUCAAGGGGGAGGUGCUGCACGAGAGCCCUGCUGUGGACUCGUUAAACGCGAUGGAGAAGGACAUCAUCGCUGAUUCAGUCACCUUAUCCGAGGACACAAACAUCGACUUCUCUCUACCUCAAGACAGUAACAAGAAACAGGACUCUGGUCUGGAGAAGAUAACGAUCAAGAGGAGGACUGAGCGAGACUCGUUCGAGAUCGACAGUCCACCGCUCGUCUCUCCCAGAAUGAAGAUCAAGGAGUUGGAGAUAAAGCCAGUCAACUGGAUGAUCGGCGACGAGAAAAUCGAAGUCUCGGAGCCUCUGGAGCCGUUCCAAGCGUUCGACAAAGAGCUCGAGGAGUAUCACAAACAGCAGCAACAGAGUCAAGUCGACGGCUCGGGAAAGGUGCCAUUCGGCAUACCGCGGAUAGAGGAAACCAAGUCGUCAUCUUUCGAAGAAUCCGAGUCGAUAAAACUCGGUGGAAAGUCCAAGUUCACGGUCAUUCCCGUGAGCGAACAAGAUCUGGAUAUCGACGAGGAGCUGGUGGAGAACAAACUGGACAUCAGCUGCCAAGAACUCAUGGACACCCUUCAGCGAGAAUACGAUGCCAAGACACCGACUGACGACAGUCGGCUGGAGGAGUUGGCAGCCAAGUCGUUCCAUUUCAUGACCGUUGACGACGACGAAGACAGUUUUGACUACGACAAAGAGAAAUACGAAGCCGAGGAGCAGAAAAAGCUGGCCGAUCUGCCUCUAGAGACGAAGACAGCCGUGAACGUCAUAACUGGAGAUCAGUUCAUGAGUCUUGACGAGCCUCUCAAACCGAUCGGUAUCAUUGGCAAGUCCAAGGACAAUGAAAUGCUUCAGCUGUACGAAGAGCAGUUCGAGGAGACUGUGCAGAUCAAGGAGGACAAGAAGGAAACGAAAAAGGAGGAGAAGGACACUGCCAAAGCCACUGACUCGGGCAUCGAAUCGAUGAACAUGUUCGAGGAACAGUUCACAGGUACGAUGGAGCUUAUGGGUGAUCAAAAAUCCGAUUUUAUCAAGUCUCAUCUUUCGGACUCUGCCGAAACGGUCAGGAUAUCCGACAAACCCGACAUCUCCGACGACGAAGCCACGAAGCAGUCCUACGACGUGGAACACUACCAGCAACCAGCGGAGAACUCGGAAAUGCUACUAAAAAUGGACACGAACAAGCCCGACUCCCUCGAUAAGAAGGACUCUGUCCAGCUGCUUUCCUACAAGACCUUCGACCCAGAGGAAGCCAAGAAGCAGGAAGAGCCCCACGUCACUCCGGCCGUUCAGAAACCGCCCAGAUCCGACUUUGUCCGAGAAAAGGUCGACAUGCGCUCGAAGGGCUGGGACGACCACAAGAAGCGCGAGAAGUCUCGCGAGACGAGUCCGUAUAAGGUAAAGAAGGAGGACUUCCAGAACGUCGACAUGAGCUCGCGCUACGCCAUCACUGUUCUCGAUCAGGUUGUGAAGAAGGAGAUCGCCGAAGUGAAGGAGAACCUCGAGGCCGCCAAGCAGGACCUGAUUGAGGAGCUGAGCGAAAACAGCGAGACCAUGAUCAUCAUCAAGGACUCGCCGUCCGAGUUUCAGUUCAAGCUGCAGCCCGAGUCGAUCCCCAACGAUCUGCCCUUCCUCUACAGACCUCCUUCUCUCGAGAAGGUCAGCGACGCGGAGAAUUUGUCAUCGUCCUCGUCGCCGAUAGCCAAGCCACGACGCCACGGCGAACUGAAGGACGACGGCAGCUCCUCCGAGAGCAGCUCAGCGGAGAAGAAGGACCGCGACCUGAGCAAGACCUCGGUAGUCGUCGAGAGCGAGUCCGACAAGAGCAAGGAGUCCAAGGACAUCUUCGAGUCCUUCUCGACAUCGUCGCCCAAGGCAGCCAGUCGUUCGGGCUCCGACGCAGAGGGCACUGCCAAGGACGAGACGUUCUCCCUACAACCACCCCAGCCAGCGCCGAGGAGAAGACAAAAGCCGUCUCGCAGUAGCCACCGGCACGUGACGUCCGAGAGCGAAGCCGACGUCUCGAGCAGUGGCGAGAGCAACUACCAGUCUUGCGAGUACGAGGCCAGCAGUCGGCCGAGUUCCUCCGACGUCGAGGCGCUUCAGUCCGCAGCCAUGGCCAGCUCCACCACCGCCUCCGAGUACGAGACAGCCAUGAUGUCCUUCGAGCACUCGUCGUCUAAAGCCACCUCGCAGGACUACGUCACGGCAGCGACGACCCUCAGCUCCAGGGAGUCCAUGAAGUCGAUCUGCUCGCUGAGCUCCGGACAGAUGGGGAGCAUCGACAGCACCAGUGAAAUAUCCGAGACCCUGAUGGCUUCCGAGCCGGAGAUGGAUAAGGACGAGAUCGAUGAGAAUCUGGAGAACAUCCUGGACGACGACAUGAAGACGUCGAACUGCGCGUCGGAGGACGAGGGAGGCAAGCCGUUCGAGAUGGAUCCCGAUGUACCUUGCAUGAUGAAACGUUCCAGCGAAAUGAUCUUCAGCCAAGUGAUCAACACAGAGUCAUCGAGCGAAGGGAAAAUCUCGAUGGUCAAGCAGAGUGACUCGUCCACCCUGACCGGUGAGGGUCUCGGCGCUUCGACAACCGCCUCGGAAUCCGCUGACUUUGUCACUGCCAAAUCGGACGAGGCCCUCAAAGCCACACCGGCUCAGCCGAUUCCCACGAAGCAGUCCAGCGAAGCCACCGACGAUCCUUCGACCACGAGUUCCUCGGAGCUACUCGACGCCAAGGCACCGGCUUCGGAGAGCUGCUCGUUCGAGCCAGACUCGCUGGAGGCUAAGUACACCCCGAUGUCGAGCGUCGACGACGAGAACGGAACUGCCGAGGGUCACGGGCCUGGAUCCGGGCUGACGCUGCAGCAGCAGCUGAGCAUGACGUCGUCGUCUAUGUCUGGCGUUUCCUUGGAAACAGUCAUCGAGAAAGAAGCGGGCAGAGGCUCGCCCGACAGCGACUCUUUUGAGUUGGUCGACAAGCCGGAUAUCAUCGACGAUUUCGUCGUCGUCGAGGAGGUCGGUCGCGAAGCCGAGGAGUACGAUUCGGAAGGUAAGGGAAUCCGGAUAAGCUCGAUGUCAUACACGAGCAGCAAGAACUACGACCGCGACGUGGAGAACCUCAUCGCGGAGAAGAAGGAUGCCGAGAAACCCCAAGCCGGAUCUACGCGCAGCACUGCCGAGCUCUUCGACUUUGAAUCCGAGGAGAGUCCGCCACAGGCAUCCGGCGACGAACAGUACUCCCAGUCCUACUCCGACGACGAGCAGUAUCAAGAGGGUGGUAAGAAGUGGAUCGAGAUGCAGUUCCAGCAGAACGAGGCUCGUCUCUACGACAUCGAGUACGAGCGCGGUCCCCUCGAAGACAUCAAGGAAGAGGAGGUUGCGGAUUUCGAAGCCGGCAGCAGUCGGUUCGGCAGCGUAGGUUCGCAGAAGGAGUCCAUCGGUAGCGUCGGCAGCAUGAGGGGAAGCUACGGAAGUACGCCCGACAACUUUGACGCGCUGACCGCCAAGCGAUACUACAAGCCGACCGACCACGACAACCUUUCUCUCAGCUCGCUCCAGGAGUUCGAGCACUUGGAGAAUGCCGUCGCUCUGGAGAACGCGAAGAGAAGAGCCGAGCAACAGCACAGCAGUUCUCAAGAUUCGUCAAGCAACGGAAGCCUGCCCAGGAGGUACGCUACCAGCAGAUCCGGACACGGAGACGACAUAUCGUUGUCGUCGGUGAAGGACUUCGAGGUGCUCGAGAAAGCCUGCAAAGAGGCUCAUCUGAUAGAAUUAAGAGCGAGGGAAGAGGAGGACUUAUUGGAUCACGAGAGCCCGGAGAAUCGGUAUAAAUUGGAGAGCUUGGCCAGGGCGAAAGCGGAGAGUCAAGGCAGUGCGCCGGGAUCCUUUAAUCCCAGUACUUCCGGCUCGGACGACUACGAGAAGAGAAUUAAGGAAAUAGACGAGAUUAUUAGGUUGGCGCAGGCGAACGUCGAGAAGAUCGAUAGACACGACGACACUACCGAGGAUAUCUCGCAGAUUGACUUGACGGAUACGGACAAACCCGUCCAGCCUAUUACUAUUGUCGCUUCCGAGACGCCAGCUGUUAUGCAGGGUAAAAGAAUAAAACCUCCGAGAGGAUCGGGCGAUUUUAACCCGAUGGAAACUAGCACAGACUCCCUGGAGUUGGAAGGAAACGGAGGACGAAACUACAACGUCAUGUGCCGAAGCUCCGACUCGUUAGAGUUGAAAACGACCCUUGACUAUCCGUCGUUGAGCUCGGACUCGCUCAACAACGUCAGAGAUCCGAAAGAGGAGCAGGAGAAGCCGUUCAGUAGUGGCAGGCGGAUAUCGUCAGACAGCCUGGAAUUUCCUGUGCUGGAAUCACAGGACUCGACUAAAGACGACAAGCCCGGUAAAAGUAGCCACAGUGAGAGUUAGAUCGAAAGCUAAAAUAAUUAAAUAUCGAUAAUGGACCACGAGGUAAAAAUAUAGCAAAUGGAAGUCAGCUUCAAAAGCACAUAAGACGAUCGCGGCGCGCGCUCUCGAGGGCGCGGGUGUGCGCGCGCGAAGUUUCGUCGAAGUAUAUAGCUAAAAGGAGAAGAGUCAGUCGAACUGACGUGUAGACGUCGCGUAGGCGCGCGCGCGCGCGCGCGUCGUGCGAUUAUCGCGGAGGACGAUUCUUUUUAUCCUGGAAUUUUAUAUAGCGAAGGAUUUCAGAUUUUAUCACUAAAAGAAGGAGAUGAGACACGAUUUGCCCUGUACGUGAAGCCGAUAUGCAGCCUCCAGUUUCAUUAACGCGAAGAUACGUAUAUAUAUAUAUAUAUAGUUUAUGAGAAAAGAGUGUGUGACGAGGAGAGAAUAAUGCGAAGUGACAAAUUAUAUCACUGGCAAAGUCUUUUAUGCUAUCGAUUUAAGUGUUUAAGAUCUCUAUAAUGGCUGUAAGUGCGUAUUAAAAAAUUUUAUAUAUAUAAAAGGAGGAGGCGUAUUGUCGCGAUUAUUUGUGCGUGUUUUGUGGCUUUCGAGAUAUGGAAAGACGGUUUUGAAAAAGUCUCUUUCCGCGUGUUUUGGCUUAUAGCUCGAUGAUUAUUAUUAUACAUCAUUAUUAUCAUUUGCCGCUGAUGAAACUGGAAGUGUACGAAAGAGAAAAAGAGUGGAAGAGAUAGAGGUGUACAUGUAAUGAGACUCGUUUGUAAUGAAUUUUACGCUUGUGCAGUUAUUAUCUAGACGCGAAGCCGAUUAUUAUAUAUGAAUGAAAAAAAGCGUAAAAACACGCUGCUUCUCGCCGCCGAUGAAGUACAGAGAAAAAAAAAGAGUACGAGGGUUAACGAACGCCGAAGACUCGUUCUAACCGCGCGUAUAAACACAGUUGGGAGGGGGCAGAUGUUAUUAAGAAUAAAAAAAAGUGUAACGUACGUACAAUAAUCAUUUUUCGAUGUAUCGACACUCUUUUAAGGUGAAACUCGCAGUUGGAAGACAAAGUCUCAAGGAAACGAACGAACAAUAAGAAUGGUUAACUCUGACAAAUUAAGUAAUUUAAAUAAAAACGAGUACACUCACAGACACACACACGCGCAGAAAGAAUAAUGAAAACACACAUAAUUAUUAAUUAACGAAGAAAAAAGUAUAAUUAAAAAAAAAAAAAUGGGUCGCUCCCGAUCGCUUGGCCGUUUAUUCUCAAUGUUUCAUAUGACACUAUGAAUUGCGUUUGUAAAUCAUCAUGUUUUUCGGAAUGCUAUUUGUAUGUUCUCAAGUUGUAUGAUAAUAGUGCUGUAUUAAAAUGGCAUGUUUUAUAAGCA